AUGGAGACCGGCGCCUGCCCACAUCCGCUGCGCCUGUUCAUCUGCCUGAUGCCGCUGUGUCUCGCCUUGCUUUUGGGACCGGGGAGGCCCGGGACCGCCGAGGAAGUCAUCCUCUUGGAUUCCAAAGCUUCCCAAGCUGAGCUGGGCUGGACUGCACUGCCAAGUAAUGGGUGGGAGGAGAUCAGCGGCGUGGACGAGCACGACCGUCCCAUCCGCACAUACCAGGUGUGCAACGUGCUGGAGCCCAACCAGGACAACUGGCUGCAGACUGGCUGGAUCAGCCGCGGGCGCGGGCAGCGCAUCUUCGUGGAGCUGCAGUUCACAUUGCGUGACUGCAGCAGCAUCCCCGGAGCCGCGGGCACCUGCAAGGAGACUUUCAAUGUCUACUACCUGGAAACCGAGGCCGAUUUGGGCCGCGGGCGUACCCGCCCAGGUGGCAGCCGGCCCCGCAAGAUCGACACGAUCGCGGCAGACGAGAGCUUCACUCAGGGCGACCUGGGUGAGCGCAAGAUGAAGCUGAACACGGAGGUGCGCGAGAUCGGUCCGCUCAGCCGGCGGGGUUUCCACUUGGCCUUCCAGGACGUGGGCGCAUGCGUGGCUCUAGUCUCUGUGCGCGUCUACUACAAGCAGUGCCGCGCCACGGUGCGGGGCUUGGCGGCAUUCCCAGCCACCGCAGCCGAGAGCGCCUUCUCCACGCUGGUGGAGGUGACCGGAACGUGCGUGGCACACUCAGAAGGGGAGCCCGGCAGCCCCCCGCGUAUGCACUGCGGCGCCGAUGGCGAGUGGCUGGUGCCCGUGGGCCGGUGCAGCUGCAGUGCGGGAUUCCAAGAACGCGGUGACAUCUGUGAAGGUAUCCAGCGCCCUGGGGGUGUGGUGUGGGAGUGGUUUUACAAGGUGUCCCCGAGGCGGCCUUUCUGCUCGCCGUGCCCAGAGCACAGCCGGGCCCUGGAAAACGCGUCCACGUUCUGCGUGUGCCAGGACAGCUACGCACGCUCGCCCACCGACCCGCCCUCAGCGUCCUGCACCCAUCCACGCGCCGCCACGCUGCUGCACCUGCGGCCCGGCGCGCGCUACACCGUGCGCGUGGCCGCGCUCAACGGCGUGUCUGGCCCGGCGGCCGCCGCGGGAGCCACCUACGCGCAGGUCACUGUCUCCACCGGGCCCGGGGCACCCUGGGAGGAGGAUGAGAUCCGCAGGGACCGAGUGGAGCCCCAGAGUGUGUCUCUGUCGUGGCGGGAACCUAUCCCCGCGGGAGCCCCAGGGGCCAACGGCACCGAGUAUGAGAUCAGAUAUUUCGAGAAGGGUCAGAGUGAGCAGACUUACUCGACGGUGAAGACAGGGUCGCCUGCGGUCACUGUCACCAACCUGAAGCCGGCUACCCGCUACGUCUUUCAGAUCCGGGCAGCUUCCCCAGGGCCCUCCUGGGAGACCCAGAGCUUCAACCCCAGCAUUGAAGUGCUGACCCCAGGGGAGGCCACCUCCGGGUCCAAGGACCAGAGCCCCGCGGUCGUCGUCACCGUGGUGACCAUCUCAGCCCUCCUCGUCCUGGGCUCUGUGAUGAGUGUGCUGGCCAUUUGGAGGAGGCCCUGCAGCUAUGGCAAAGGAGGUCGGGACGCCCACGAUGAGGAGGAGCUGUAUUUCCACUUCAAAGUCCCAACUCGCCGCACAUUCGUGGAUCCCCAGAGCUGUGGGGACCCACUGCAGGCCGUGCAUCUGUUUGCCAAGGAGCUGGAUGCAAAAAGCGUCACGCUGGAGAAGAGCCUUGGAACAGGGCGGUUUGGGGAGCUGUGCUGUGGCUGCCUGCAGCUCCCAGGCCGCCAGGAGCUCCCCGUGGCUGUGCACACGCUGAGGGAGGGCUGCUCCGACUCGCAGAGGCUCAGCUUCCUGGCCGAAGCCCUCACCCUGGGCCAGUUUGACCACAGCCAUGUGGUACGACUGGAGGGCGUGGUCACCCGAGGAAGUACCUUGAUGAUUGUCACCGAAUACAUGAGCCAUGGGGCCCUGGAUGGCUUCCUCAGGCGGCAUGAGGGCCAGCUGGUGGCUGCGCAGCUGAUGGGGCUGCUGCCUGGCCUGGCGUCGGCCAUGAAGUACCUGUCGGAAAUGGGCUACGUCCACCGGGGCCUGGCGGCGCGCCGGGUGCUGGUCAGCAGCGAGCUCAUCUGCAAAAUCUCUGGCUUCGGCCGGGGCCCCCGGGACCGAGCAGAGGCGGUCUACACCACCAUGAGUGGCCGGAGCCCAGCGCUGUGGGCCGCCCCUGAGACGCUUCAGUUUGGCCACUUCAGCUCCGCCAGCGACGUGUGGAGCUUCGGUGUCGUCAUGUGGGAGGUGAUGGCCUUCGGGGAGCGGCCCUACUGGGACAUGUCUGGCCAAGAUGUGAUCAAGGCCGUGGAGGAUGGCUUCCGGCUGCCACCCCCCAGGAACUGCCCCUCCCCGCUGCACCGGCUGAUGCUUGACUGCUGGCAGAAGGACCCGGGCGAGCGGCCCAGGUUCUCCCAGAUCCAUGGCCUCCUGAGCAAGAUGAUGCAGGACCCGGAGCCCCCGAGGUGUGCCGACACCACCUGUGCCAGGCCUCCCACGCCCCUGGCAGAUCGUGCCUUCUCCACCUUCCCCUCCUUUGGCUCUGUGGGUGCAUGGCUGGAGGCCCUGGACCUGGGUCGCUACAAAGACAACUUCGCUGCUGCGGGCUAUGGGAGCCUAGAGGCUGUGGCCGCCAUGACUGCCCAGGACCUGGUGAGCCUGGGCAUCUCGUCGGCGGAACACCGGGAGGACCUCCUCAGCGGGAUUGGCGCUCUGCGGGCCCGGGUGCUCCAGCUGCAGGGCCGGGGGGUGCAGGUGUGAGCAGCCCCACUCUCCUGGCCAGGACCCCAGGGGGGGUCCCAGCCCCCAGCCCCACCCAGGGCCCCUGCUGGCUGCGUUCCACCUGUGCGGAAGGGAGAGCCCAGAGCUUGAGUGGAGCCGCAGUCUUUCCCACCUCCCUGCCUGUUCUCACUGCCCCCGGUCUGAGCACCUUGGCUGACUCAGCCUCCCCUCCCGCCCUCCCAUAGAAAAAAGGUUCAAAUCCUGGGGAGGACCUCUGAGAUACAGUGGGAGGAAAUGCAGGGUCACAGAGACCCAGGUGGGCAGGGGCAGGGAGGAGGACCUAGCUUUAAAUGCCCUGAUUCAUGCCCAUCUGUCUUCUGCACCCACUGGAGUCUGGGGCCCACCCCAAAGGGUGCCACACUUUCCCUCAGAGCAGCGGGCAGCCUGGGUCCCCGAGGGAUGGGCCGCUCUGGGACCUAGCAAGGAUACCCGUCCUCGUGGGCCAUGGCUCCUCAGCUCCCUGUGGUCCAGCUAGGCCCUGUCCUGAGACCCAGGCAGGCAGAGGUGGUGCUGAGGGCCCUGAGGACCCCGGACUCAGGAGCUGAUUUCUGCAUCCCCCACCCUUGGGCCGACCAUCCUGGGUGAGGGUCCCGGUGCUCCCCUGAGGUCCCGCUAGGCGUCCCCUGCUACUUUGCGUUCCUUUUAUAAACUCACCGGGCAGGACAUCUGAGAGGAACAUGAGGAGAGAGGUUUUCUGCCUGGGACUCCGAGAGCUUUGCUCCCAGCCCUGGGGAUCGUGAAGAUGUGACUCUCAGAGAAGGAGCUUCUCCAACGGGCCAGUUCAGUCCUUACUGUACCAGAGGGAAGACCGAGGCUCAGUGAGGAGUCUGGGCCAGAGCUGGGCUUGAGCCCACGGGCCCAACUCCUGAUCCGGAGUGAGACUGGCUCUGGAGAGACUGCUUGGUCCUCCGUGUGCCACCAGCACUCUUCCCUGAGGCAGCCCAGGGGCACUGAGGUGACCCCUCUUGCAAGCUUCAUCCCCUGUACCACCCAGCCCCCAUGAAAUGCCUCCUCACUCUGGGUCCUCUUCUGUGGGGCUUGUGCUGAGGAGUGGUUGCACUGAGCUGACUCCAGAGCUCCUCAUCCAGGAGGGCUUCCUGGAGGUGGGGGUGAUCAUGAGGCCAGGGCUUUUGUAGGACAGAAGGAAGGCGACUGGCCCUGGAUAGGGUCACCCCUGACAUACACCUGCUCUGGGGUAUGGCUAUGUGUGGGUGGGAUGGGAUGAGGUGGGAAGGGUUCAAGGGCUACAGGAGGGGGUGAAGGAGACACAGCCAGCCCUUGGAGGGCCCAGACGAGGCAGGGAGAUGAGCUCAGGCUCCAGGAAGUACUGCACACCCCCAGUGGCAGACCUUGGGGCCUGAGGGUUGGUGGGCCAGAGGGGCAGAUGGGCACUCUUGAUGUAUGUACAUGGAAGGGUGUCUGGGAAAGUUCCCUGGCUGAGUCUGAUGCAUCCAUUGAAUGGGACCUUGGAGGAGCCAGAGGAGGACUCUUUACUUAGGGUUGCUGGAGGGCCUGGGACAGAAGGAGUCCAAGCAGAGGGCCCUGCAGAGGGUCCUGGAGCGGGGAAGAGGCAGCACAUCCCUGGGAGUGCUCCAUGGUGGGGGCAGAGCCUCCCAACAGUGCCUUUAGCCUCAUCCUGCCAGCAGGGCAGGAGUCCCCCAGCCCCGCUCUCCAUCUCCUGAGCACCUGCCUCGGCUCAGUGUCCUGGGGGUGCCAGGAGAGGCUGAGACACUGCUUCUACCUUUGACAGAGCUGGAGGGUCCCUUGCCAGUGCCCUCCAGACUCUGCCCCCACUGCCCCCAGGAGAGCCAGGAAAGGACACACCAGCACCCCGUCUUGGUGGAGGGAGCCUCACCCCACCUACAGCUGCAUCAGCCAUGCUCUGGAGGCCAGGGCGUCCCCCCCUCCACCAGCUGUUCUGCAGAGUCCCCUGGCUGUGUUGGCAGGACUUCGGUGUCCAGGGUAGACCUCCGUUCCCGUGAGGAGUGAGGUCCCAGCAUCCUGACGGGUCCCAGGCCUCAGCCCCACACAGGUUGCUGGUGUGAUGUGGGCUGACGGCUUCCUGGGAGCCCUGUACAGAUCUAUUUUUAUAUGGAACUUAUUCAAUGGAUAGAGAGUUGGCCUGCAACCUGCUCCCAGCACCCGUAUCUGAGCCCAGCAAGGGAGGGAAGGGGCUGGUUGGGGGUGGGGAUAGUGGUUCCUUUGACUAAUUCUGGAGAUGUUUUUAUAUUUCUUGGGAUCUAUAUGCAGGACACAGUAAUAAAAACCUGUCUGUGGUA